AUGGCGCUACUUCAAUAUCGUGCGCCAGCUGAUUAUGAAGCACAACUUGCAGCCUUCGAGUCGUUCUUGGACAAGUUCGAGCUCAAACAAUCUGCAACGGAUCAAGCCGCAGAUGCGAUCAAUGACCUUCACCUCGAUGGCGACGCAACAAGCGACGAAUAUGAUUUUAUGGACGAUGUCGAAGGCGUAGAGGAUGGGGAGCGACCGCGACAGCAACCACGUAAGAAGUACAUGGAUAUGUUACAGAAAAUCGCGGAUCGGGAACGCAGCAAUAUAUUGAUUGAGCUUGAUGACCUGAAAAGCUUCGAAGAGUCUUUAGGAACAGACGUGACUCUAAAGCUCGUCGACUCCAUCAUGAAGAACACUAAGCACUAUGUUGACCUCUUCUCGUACGCUAUCGAUAAACUUAUGCCUAAAGAGAGCAAGGAUAUUACAUUCAAAGACGAUGUAUUGGAUAUCAUCAUGUCGCAACGGCAGAAGCGGAAUGAGACAAUGCGUGAGGGUGCUGAGGUCAAUGGCGAGUCACUCGCCGAUGCCUCCACUUUUCCUCCAGAGUUGACGCGGAGAUAUACAUUGAAUUUCAAACCCGUCUCACAAUCGACAUCCAAAUCAAAGGCACUAGCAGUACGACAGGUUCGCGCCUGCACAGAGAAUGCGACCAAAGGCCAGCUGUUUCCUUCCACUCGAGCCUCCAAAUUCGUGCCGUUUCAAGAGGUCAAAAUCCAGGAGAUGGCAGAUCAAGUACCUGUGGGACACAUUCCGAGAACAUUGACAAUACAAUGUCACGGAUCCCUAGCUAGACAGAUCAACCCAGGCGAUGUUGUGGAUAUAGACGGCAUCUUUCUUCCAACACCAUACACUGGAUUCAGAGCCAUCAGAGCUGGCCUUUUGACUGAUACAUAUCUUGAGGCACAAAAUAUCACCCAACACAAAAAAGCAUAUCAAGACUUGAGAUCUGACCCUCGUGUCAUCAAAAAGAUUGAAUCACACAAAGCCAGUGGACAAAUGUACGAAUACCUCGCCAAGUCUAUCGCUCCAGAAAUCUAUGGUCACCUAGAUGUCAAGAAGGCUUUGCUCUUGCUUCUGAUUGGCGGCGUCACGAAAGAGAUGGGAGAUGGCAUGCGGAUUCGUGGUGACAUCAACGUCUGUCUGAUGGGCGACCCUGGUGUAGCUAAAUCCCAGCUAUUAAAGUACAUUUCCAAGGUAGCCCCUCGAGGAGUUUACACGACCGGUCGAGGUUCAAGUGGUGUCGGCCUCACCGCAGCCGUCAUGCGUGAUCCCGUCACAGACGAAAUGGUACUCGAAGGAGGUGCCCUUGUGCUUGCAGACAACGGUAUCUGCUGCAUAGACGAGUUCGACAAAAUGGACGACGGUGACCGAACCGCUAUUCACGAAGUCAUGGAACAGCAGACUAUUUCCAUAAGCAAGGCUGGCAUUACAACAACGCUAAACGCCAGAACUUCAAUCCUAGCUGCAGCCAAUCCCCUAUACGGUCGAUACAAUCCUCGCAUCUCGCCUGUUGAAAACAUCAACCUUCCCGCCGCACUUCUAUCACGUUUCGACGUCCUCUUCCUCAUUCUUGACACACCCUCUCGAGAAACAGAUGAAGAACUGGCCGCUCACGUUACUUAUGUGCACAUGAACAACGAGCAUCCUCAAACUGAAGGUGUAGUCUUCGCACCUCACGAAGUUAGACAAUAUAUCGCUCAAGCAAGAACGUACCGUCCAGUCGUGCCGAAGGCCGUGAGUGAUUACAUGGUUGGAGCUUAUGUGAGAAUGCGUCAACAACAGAAGCGCGACGAAGGAGGCAAGAAGCAGUUCACGCACACAUCACCACGAACACUACUUGGCGUUCUCAGAAUUGCGCAGGCCCUGGCACGACUCAGGUUUGCUCAGGAGGUCGUCAAUGAGGAUGUAGACGAGGCUCUACGAUUGGUUGAGGUCAGCAAGGCGAGUCUGCACAAUGAUCAACGUGGCGGCGGUGAUCAGACUGUGAGCAGCAAAAUCUACGAUUUGAUCCGGAGCAUGCGAGACUCGGGAGCUGCCACUGUCGGAGCUCGUGGUGAACUGAACAUGGAAAGAAUCAGGCAGACGGUGAUAGGCCGUGGCUUCACAGAAGAGAACCUACAAAAGACACUCGACGAGUAUGGCCUACUAGAUGUGUGGCAGAUUGCGAACAAUGGCACGAGGUUGGUUUUCAUCGAGGCGGACGACGACAUGAACGACGAUGAGUAG